CCUCCGGUUCUGAGGAAAUAUCCCACUUUCCGAGUGUCUGCUGGCCCUCCUUCUGGAAGAGCUGGGGCCUAGAAUUGGACGAAAGCCUGAGGGCCUAGACAUUUGCUCACGUCUUUGCACUCUCUCUCUCUCUCUCUCUCUCUCUCCCCAGCAGCGAAAUGCAGAAAACUCGGCAUUAAUACAUCACCUGCCCGAGAAAAUAAAUACAGGAAAUGGAGCCCGUCAGUUCCAAGGACCUUGCCAUGAAGGCGCAGAAGAAGAUCCUGAGCCGCUUGGCCAACAAGUCGCUGGCGCAGCUGCUGAUCGACGACACCAGCGCCGAGAUCCUGGACGAGCUCUACCGCGUCUCCAAGCAGUUCACCGGCAACCGGGCCGAGUCGCAGAAGGUGCUGAAGAACCUGGUGAAGGUGGCGGUGAAGAUCGGCGUGCUCUUCCGGCACCGCCAGUUCAGCGAGAGCGAGCUGGGGCUGGCCGCCGAGUUCCGGCGCAAGCUGAGGCAGGGCGCCAUGACGGCCAUCAGCUUCCGCGAGGUGGCCUUCACCUUCGAGGCGCCGGUGCUGACCGCGCUGCUCCGGGAGAGCCGGGACCUCCUGCUGCGGCUGGUGGAGGGCCACCUCACCGCCAAGUCCCUGGGCCGCAUCCGGCACGUCUUCGACCACUUCGGCGACGGGCAGCUCCUCAGCCAGCUCUACGGUGAGCAGGACCCUUACCGCGCCCACCUGCAGAAGAUCUGCGACGGCUUGGGGAAGCUGCUGGAGGACGGCACGUUGUAGACGGCGCCGCGGCUGGGACGGCACCAGGGCCCGCCGAGGACACCAGGGACAAUGAACGGGCACCCGCCGCGGUGGCACCCCGAGAGGGGACGGUUUAGCCGCCAGGCCCUGCGCCGGAUUACCUUGUAGCCUCACCAAAGGCACCUCAACGCACCGGCAUAUCACCAGAAUAAAGGGCACUGCAUACUCCCGCC